AAAACCCAAAAAAUAAAAGCAAGCAUUGGCUAAGGUUUUUGAAGAAAGAUCAAAAUUGAGGGAAGGGAUCCCACCCACGGGAGCAAGCUCCAACCCUCUCCCUCACCACCUUUCUCAAGAACCUCCUCUGAUGAGAAAAUUACCUACAGAAACAAAUCCAGAAAAGGCACACUUCUUGAAACUCAACAAUGUCUCCUCUUCUAGCCGUUGUUGCCCCCUUUCUUCCCCACGUGAGGCAGGGACAGGGUUGUAGCAAGCAGGAGUGUAGAGGCACGGGAUUGGGGGCGCACAGUGCAGGAGGCGCAGCAGGGUGCAGGCUUCGGUGCAACAGGGCACAGCAGGGUGCAGCAUGGCGCAGGUUUCGGUGCAGCAGAGCGCAGGCUCGGGUGCAGCAAGGCGCAGACUCGGGUGUAGCAGGGGGCAGACUCGGGUGCAGCAGGGCGUAGGCUCGGGUGCAGCAAGGUGCAGGGGCGCCGGCGGCGGGGAGGCGCAACAGCAGGGGGCACAGGAGCUAGGGGCGCAGAGCAGGGGCUAGGCUUCGGAGGAGAAGAUUCUGGAGAGCAAAAAGAUUUUAACUCCUUUUUUUUGGGUUCUUUGUGAUUUUUUUGGGUUUGGGUCUUGAUGGGUUGAUUUUUGGGCCAUUUGAGAUGGGUUUGAGAAAUGGGCUGAACUUCAAGGCUUUUUGUAUGAUUUUUUGUAAUUUGGCCUUGCACUUCAAAUUCCUUCAAUUAAGUCCCUUUCUUAAG